UUUCCCUAAACUCGGCUUUUGACAGCAAUCAACGUGAAACUUUUGGGCAGAGUUUGGUUACGUUUUGUUUAUAAUUUAUUAUGGAAUAAAGUCUAUCUGCCGAAUUUUAUUUAGCUCACUAGAGCUACAAAUAAUAAAAAAGUGUAUAGAAUGGCUAGUCCGAUCAUUACACCCUCGCUCGUACAGUUGCAAGCUCAGUUUAAAGAAGUGGUUGAAAACAUCCUAAACCGGUGGACGGCUCUUCGAUUAGCGGUCGAGCAUGGCAUGGGCGGAGCAUUAGGAGUAAAUACCGCUAUAGAAAUCAUAGAUUAUAUCACCUGUUACUGCACAGAAAACAAAAAGGUCGACUCCUGUGAUUUGCGCGAUAUCCUAGAAGAAAUCAUGGAUCAAGAAUUCCAGACAAUCUGCGAAGAUGAAUCGAUCGAUGAAAUCAGCGACAUACUUAUAAAACAUCUAAACCUUCUGAAAGAAGGAAAAACGGAACACGUGAAUGCAGAACUUUCUCGACUAGGGUCCUGUGAGAUUUGGAUUAGGUCCGAUAAUCGGAUAAAAAUGCAACCGAUGGACGACAGCAGUGAAAGUGACGAGGACGAUGAUAACGAUCUGGAUCAGGAUAUGGAGAUAGAGCCAGUUUCGAGUGCAAGGUCUUCUGGUGGUGAAAGUCUGACGCCAAGUACCCAGGGCUCUACAAGUGGCUUUCUUGAGGAGGAAAUGGAACCCGGUUGGACUCAGGUACGCAAUCGAAGGCGAAGAUAAAACUCAACACACUGGAAAUGCUAGCAAUAAACCUUUUUUUGUCUUUCAUGAAUUCACAUGGCGGUUUCAGAAAAUCGAAUGUUUAGAGGGUAAAUUGACGCUAUUAUAA